AUGCCGACUCGUUCAACCUAUAAUCAACCAUUAUCAGCGUCGUCAAACCAUCAGGCAAUCAAUAAUAAUAAUUCCAAUCAAAUUUCGAACAUCAAUUCAAAUGUCGAUAUCACAUCUUACAUUGGAAAAGUGUUAACUAUCAAUCAACAUCAAGUUAUUGUCGAGGAUAUUUUAGGACAAGGAGGCUUUGCAUUUGUAUUUCUUGUACGAGCAUUUAAUCAGCAACGUUACGCAUUGAAACGAAUGUAUGUUAACAAUGAACGAGGUUUAACUGUUUGUCAACGUGAAAUCGCCAUAUUGAAAGAAUUUUCUUCACACGCGAAUAUUGUGAAGUAUAUCGAUUCUUCGAUACAACGUUUAUCACCACCUACUCAAUCACAUGUCCAGAAGAAACAUAUGACGAAUAAGAAAGACGACGAUGAUGAUGAUGUUGAGGAUGAUGCUAUCUAUGAAAUUCUUCUGCUAACUGAAUAUUGUUCAAAUGGAUCGUUAACUAGCCGUUUGAGUGAACAGCGCAAUAAUGGCGUAUCGUUAAACGAACGUCAAAUUCUUCGCAUAUUUGCUGAUAUAUGCAAUGCCGUUAGUUCGUGUCAUCAUCGUCGUCCACAGCCGAUUUUACACCGUGAUAUCAAAUUGGAAAAUAUUCUUAUUGAUUCUCAUCAAUCAUUUGUUCUCUGUGAUUUCGGUUCAGCUAUUAUGCUGCCACCUUCGCUGCAAAAUGAUCAUCAACAAUAUCAAUCCCAACAGCUGACAACAGUGAUAAUUCAACAAUUAGAAGAAGAAAUUCAACGCUACACGACGUUGUCAUAUCGUGCACCAGAAAUGAUCGAUCUGUAUAGUCGAUUACCAAUCACAUUGAAAGCAGAUAUAUGGGCCAUGGGUUGUCUACUCUAUAAACUUAUGUACAACGUCAUGCCAUUCGGUGAUAGCAUUCUAGCAAUACAAAAUGGAACGUUUGUUAUACCAGAUGAUAUGGCGCAAACGUAUAAUCGAGAUUUGAACGUCUUAGUUCGAUAUAUGUUAGAGACUGAUAUUAAUAAACGACCAGAUAUUUGGCAGGUCGCUUUCAUAACCUAUAAACUACUUGGCGUGGAAUGUCCAAUUCCGAAUCGAUGUCAAUCGAAAAUCCCUGAUCUCAGUACAAUACCGAUGCCAUUAACCGAAAGUGAAUCACGCCAUCAGCGUACGAUUGCUUUAGCAAAUGCUAAACCGACAUUAACGAGUACCUCUGAUGAAACAUCGACACUUGGCACAGCAGUGAAUCCACGUGAACGACCUCGUGGCAUGAUAGCUCCAUCAGGUUCUUUUAUUAAUUUCACUCAAUCUCCACAACGAUCGCCGGCAGUUGCCGGCCCACCGCCUCCACCCCCACCCAAACCUCAACUUCCGCCUCCAAUACAAGUAGCAACGCCUACUCGAACGUCGCAUCAACGAUCGGGUUCAGCUGCUCAAUUCAUGUUUGACGAUGAUUUCUCUCAGUUUCCUAAUCAUGCUCUUAGUCUAACAAAUAUUCCAAAUAUGACAGUCACGACACCGAAAACGGCAGUAGCAACACCUGAUCUAAACGUAUCGCGUGCUCGACCAUCGCCACCAGCAUCUCUGUCAGCUGCAUCAGGGGUUGUCUUCCAACAGCAAUUAUUUCCUCCGCCUCCAGUUACUUCUUCCAGUAAUACCCAAUUAACAUCAACAAGUAUUGGCCACCAUCAACAUCGCCGCAGUGCUUCGCAAACGAUUAGUCCAAUCAAUGACCAACCGAUUCCUCAACAAGCGAUUUCCGUUGAAUCGACGGCAUCAUUCGAACGACGACAUUCAAUCGAUUCGUCGAGUAAACCAACAACAUCUCAGCCUGAAGCUUUGUUCAUAAACGAAGCUUCCGAUGACGACGAAGAUGACGAUGCUCUAGCAACAAACUUGAAUAAAUUAAAAGUUUACAAUCAUUCAACAGAAAAUGUCAAAUCGCGAGAAAGUCUAAUUCUAAACGAAGAUGAUCGUCUAUUCGCUAAAACCUAUACAAUUAAUUCACAAUUGAAAUCUGACGAUGAACAAACAUCGUCAUCCUUGUCGGACGAGAACGAAAAUAUCGAUAAAACCAAUCAAAAGAACAAGAAAAAAGCACAAUCGUCAUUAACACCAUUGCGUUCAAGUCAUCAUCCAUCAACAGAUGAAGCAGAAAAACACAUGUCAUCACCGAGUACAACAAAUAAGAAUCUAGUUAAACGUUUAAUCGAACGUUGUUCUCUUCAACAGCAAUCACAACAAGAUGAACUUUCAUCAUCAUCUACUCCAAGCAAACGAAAGGAUUCGUUUUCACUUGCCAACGAUCAUCCUAUCUCCAUGGGUGACUUUUCCGAUAAUAAAUCGACCUCCGACGAUGACGACAAUGAUGAUAAUGAUGAUGAAAAUCAUUACAACAAUCACGAUGUAAAUAAUGCUGGUUUCGACCAACUGAUCAACGAAGAUUCUGAUGAUGAUACCGCUCAGCAAACAAUGACUACCAGUAAAAAUAAUGUUGGUAGUAGUCUCUUCACAACAUCUCGACACAAAGAACAACAAUACGAACAUUUUCAAGAUUCGGAUGAUGACGAUAAUUAUUCAACAACGAAAUCAUCAUCGAAUCCAACGACAAAAUUGUUCAAUCUCUUCUCUACAAAUUCCAAAACAAACCCGUCUAAUGAUACAAAACGUAUACUAAAUGAGCACAAUAAUCAAACAAAUUCAUCUUUUAUUGAUAAUGAUAAUCCAUUUCUUCAAGCACCGUUUCACUUUUCUCAUCGUUCUCCAACGCACAAACAGACGGCACCGGCGCCAUCUUCAUCUAUUUCUACUGAUACAACUUCUACAUCUAGUUUGACAACUUCCUUCGAUCCAACAAGUAUUGUCGUUGGGAAAAGGCUCAGCGCAUUCGCUCCUUAUCAUCGACAAGAACUUCAUUCGGGCAAUAGUGUCACUGAUUCAUCUCCUCCACCCUACAAUUUUGGUGCAUUAAAACAAAAAAUUCCACAUUCAGAAUCAUAUCCUCCGGGCGUUAAUAACAAUAGUAUUGCUGCCAAUCAACCACUGAUAUCAAAAGACGUCUUCACUAACGCGCCAUUCAAAGUGAAAACCAUGUCAAAGCAAGCUCCACAGUCUCAACAUUCAAUGACAUCGAAUAAGACAAAUGCGAUAUCUCCUUCAUCAUCGCAUUCAACUUCAUCCUCGAAUUCUCAACUAAUUGAUUUGACUGCUCCGACACAGCCGAUUCCAGAUUUGACAAUCAAAGAUCAAUCUCGACCGUCACCUCUACGUCGACCAGUUGGCUCGGCUGGCUUAGCGAAACAUUUCAGUACAUUAGGAGCAAUGAAUUCCACAAACGAUCGAUAUUCGUUUCAUUCAGAACGUGUCAACACUGAUGGACAAUCGUCAAGCGAUGAAUUUACUUCGUCCACGUCGUCGCGAAAACGUUCAAACAAAAAGAAAUCUUCCAUAUCGACGGGAAAUGAUUCUCAGCAUGCCUAUGCAAACCUUUCAUUCAAUGAUGCUAUUGUCGAUGAAUUACUAUGA